CCCAUGCAAUGGAAUGAAGUCUGUUGAGAAAGCAACCACCGAAAUUGCGAAGCCUCUACGUUGGGGUAUGGCGCCGGUCAGUUUAAUAGCAGAUGAUUUUGUUACAGCGCUGAAAGUACUACCGCAAACAAACCAUGUCGUGACCGCUUGCACAUCCUACUACCAAUCAGUUGCCGAAGCCUUUGCUGCCAAACACAACAUACCACACAUCUACAAAAGCUUUCAAGAUUUGGCGUCUAGUGAUAAUGUUGAUGUCGUCUACAUCUCAUCCUUGAAUCCCUUUCACCUGGAAAUCAGUCGCAUGAUGUUAGACCAUGGCAAGCACGUGCUCUGUGAAAAGCCGCUCUGUAUGAAUGAAGAUCAGGCUUUGCAGUUGAUAGGACACUCGCACAGUAAGCGUUGCUUUCUCAUGGAGGGCAUUUGGUCACGUUGUAUGCCCGCCUAUCAGUAUAUACGCCGUCAGAUUGAGAGUGACGCCUUGGGUGAUGUCUUCAAUGUGAACUGUACUUUUGGGUUGCCAAUGCAAAAAGUAGGACGUGUUAUGCGUCGGAGCCUUGGUGGCGGUGUAACCCUUGAGCUGGGUGUCUAUGCACUCCAGUUCGCAUUAUGGGUCUUUGGACAUCCACCACAUAAAGUGAGCGCCAGUGGCAAACUAAAUGAAGAUGGUGUUGACGAAGAGGCGCACAUUGUAUUGGAUUUUGGGUCUGGCCUUAAGGCGGAAAUAAUGCUUAGCGGCACAAAACGUUUCAACAACCAGGCGGUGAUAGAGGGCCACAGUGGCAGUAUAACUGUUCCCGAUUACUGGUGUCCUGUGAAAAUUAUCGAUGCCAAUGGUGAGCAAAGGGAAUUUCCAUUGCCUAAAAGCAACCUGUCGACAUAUUUUCCCAAUCGUCUCGCAUUGAGUUUUGAAGCAGAAGAAGUACGUCGUUGUAUUUUGGAGCGUAAAACACAAAGUGAUUUACUCAAUCACAAGGAAAGCUUGGCAUUAUCGUCUAUUGAGGAUCAAAUCCGUCGGCAAUUGGGCGUCAUUUAUUCAGAAGAUAAAGCAAUAAAUUAGUGUUAAACGUGGAAAUAAAAAUGCUUUAUUACAAACUAAAACAAUUUAUG